AGAGAGAGAUGGAGAGGGAGAAAAAGAUGAGAGAGGGAGGAGUCUGGCAGAAACAUCCCUUUCUCUCUCCUCACUGUGUGAGCGGGAAAGAGAGAGAGACAGAGAAGGGGAGGGUGAGCUAGGGAUGAAGAGAUGAAGCAUGGACAGGCAGCGGCAAACAGUGUACGCAGAGCGAGAAAAAGAGCGAGCACUGAAGAAGCGUGUGAGAGCGGCUGAACCCACCAACUCCACAGAGUGAGGAAACAGAGGAGCCGAGAAGGAACGACCUUCUACUGAGGCUCUGUUGCCUCCAUCCUAUCCCCUUGCUCCUUCCCACCUCUCCCGCACUCCCAGCAUCACAGAGGAGCAACUGUCUCAUCUCCUGCACUGCCAACUUCCAGCUGACACUCGUCCACUUUUUCCUGCCGGUCUUGUCUGCUCUGCGCUCCCUCGGUCAUGAUCCCAUUGGUCCUCCUGCUCCUGUGGAUCUCCAGAUGGGGCACAGAGGCCAUGUUUUCUCAACAGCCACAGGACACGGUAGUGGUGGCAGGCCAGCCAGUGACGUUACCCUGCAGUAUCCCUGGUUACCAUGGUGUUGUCCUGUGGAUCAAAGAUGGUUUGGCACUCGGGGUUGGCAGGGACCUGUCUGGCUAUCCUCGUUACACAGUGAUUGGCGACCACGGGUCAGGUGAGCAUCAUUUACGAAUCCAACGUGUCGAGCUGAUGGAUGAUGCUGUGUUCGAAUGCCAGGCUGUCCAGGCUGCGAUGAGAUCCCGUCCAGCCCGUCUUACUGUGCUGGUUCCUCCUGAGGAUCCUGUCAUCAGUGGAGGUCCGGUGGUGAGCCUAAGGGCAGGCGACCCACUGAAUCUGACCUGCCAUGCGGAUAACGCCAAACCAGCAGCCUCAAUAAUCUGGAGCCGUAAUGGAGAGGUCCUUAAUGGGGCCAUGUACUCCAAGGUAAGCAUAGAGACUCUGCUCCGGGAUGGCAGGAGAGAAAGCACAGUGAGCACGCUCUACCUCUCGGCCUCCAACAUCGAGACAGGUCAGCAGAUCAUCUGUAAGGCCUCCAAUAAAGCAGUCCCCAACGGCAAGGAGACGAGUGUCACAAUUGAUAUCCAGCAUCUUCCACUUGUCAAUCUGUCAGUGGAACCUCAACCUGUUCUGGAGGGUAACUUGGUGAAAUUCCAUUGCUCUGCAAAAGCCAACCCUCCAGUGACCCUUUACAGGUGGGCCAAAGGAGGGACUGUUAUUAAGGAUGUCUCUGGAGACACAUACGAGGUUAUUGUGGACCAUUCCUUCUUCACUGAGCCAGUUUCCUGUGAGGUGACGAACUCUCUUGGCAGCACCAACAUCAGCCGAAAUGUUGAUGUCUACUUUGGUCCUCGAAUGGCUGCCGAGCCUCAGUCCUUGCAGGUUGACCUCGGAUCUGAUGCUGUCUUCAACUGCGCCUGGACAGGCAAUCCCUCUCUCACCAUAGUGUGGAUGAAGAGAGGCUCUGGAGUGGUUCUGAGCAAUGAGAACCUCCUGACACUGAAAGCUGUUAGACAGGAGGAUGCUGGGAAAUAUGUUUGCCGCGCUGUGGUCCCACGUGUCGGAGCGGGGGAGAAGGAAGUUUCACUCACUGUCAACGGACCGCCUACCAUCUCCAGUACACAGACCCAGCAGGCACUACACGGAGAAAAGGGACAAAUCAAAUGUUUCAUUCGAAGUACACCUCCUCCAGACCGCAUUGCAUGGUCAUGGAAGGAAACCGUGUUGGAAUCUGGGACUUCUGGACGCUACACGGUGGAAACCGUGACUACAGAUGAAGGUGUGAUCUCCACACUAACAAUGAGUAACAUCGUCCCAGCUGACUUCCAGACCAUUUACAAUUGUACAGCUUGGAACAGUUUUGGCUCUGACACAGAGAUCAUACGCCUUAAGGAACAAGGUGGGAGCCAAGAAUCUCUCCCCAUGGCGGUAAUCAUCGGUAUAGCCGUUGGAGCAUUUGUGGCCCUCAUCGUCCUCAUGGGUACCAUUGGUGCAUUCUGUUGUACCCGCACCCAGAGAAAGGAAGUGCACCUGGUUAUGCCCUCAAUGCCCGUCUCCAUCUGUGCUCACCAGAGAGAACUUGCAAGCAAAAUUAAGGCAGAAAACCUCAAAGGAGUCGUGUCGGCAAAAAAUGACAUCCGGGUGGAAAUUGUGCAUAAAGACCAUAGUGCGGCGAGAGAAAAUGAAGAACACACGUCCAUGAAACAACUGAUGGUGAGUGUUGAACAAGGAGAGUUCCAGCAGGAAUCUGUUCUGAAGCAGUUGGAGGUAUUACAAGAGGAAGAGAAGGAGUAUCAGCACAUUAAGGAUCCAACAAAUGGCUACUACAGCGUUAACACCUUCAAGGAGCAGCACACACCUACCAUGGCAGGAAAUCAGCCCACAGAAGUGAGGAACCCCUCCAAUACGGGCACUCUUGGAAAGCAGCGGGUACCGACGGGCAUGUCCUUCACCAACAUCUACUCUACUCUGGGAGCAGGCCCCAAUCGUUUGUACGACUACAGCCAACGUUUUGUGCUGGGCAUGGGCAGCAGUUCCAUUGAGCUAUGUGAGCGCGAGUUCCAGCGCGGUUCCCUCAGUGACUCCAGCUCUUUUAUUGACACGCAGUGUGACAGCAGCGUCAGCAGCUACAGUAAGCCAGAUGGCUAUGUGCAGUUCGACAAAGACAGCAAGACCUCAGCCUCAUCCUCCUCUCACUAUUCCCAGUCUUCAUCUCAGAACUCAGACCUCACCCGGCCUCUCCAGAAGCGCAUGCAGACCCAUGUCUGACAAACCAGUGAGGUACAAAGAAAUCAGCCAGAACUGUUAAACUGUGUGUAACAGCUCCCAGGAGGCUCCGAAGUAACACUUUCAUUGGGGACACCUGGAUGUGCACAAGCUAGUUGGCUUUAAAUCACUCUUUGACUUGUUCUCAAUGUCAACAAAUGUCCUAAUUAACCUCUUAACUCCUCAACCACCUCCUUAAAAAAAAACAAAAUAAUAAUUUUAAUAAAAGAACAGAUCUGUGCCACAUCAUAGUCACUUGCCAACACAAACACUUUUUGAAUUGGAUAAUUUAAUUGCCCGGCUGCAGCAGUGGGAUUGUACAAAGGAUCAGAGCGCAGGAGUACCACAAGGCUUUGUGUGACAAUCUGGCAAAGGUUGCUUUUGCCUUU